AUAUGUCACCUCCCUUUCUCUCUCUAUCUCUCGAAACCCACCUUCGCCUCUCCCUUUCAACUCUCACUUUCUCUCUCUAACCCGGCAUGCCCGUCAGCUCGCUCCUCCUCCUCCUCCUCCGAAACCCACUUCACUCCUCCUAGGAAACGUCAAAUCCAUGGGCCCCUUCGACCCCUCCGCCGCCGCCGCCGCCGCCGCCGCCGCCGCCGCAGCCGCCAGCAGCUCCUCCUCGUCGUCCUGCUCCGGGGGCUCGGCGCCCAAGCGCCACCACCACCACCACCACCACCACCCGCCGCCGGAUCUCGACGGGCUCCUCGCCGGCGCCGGCUACAAGGUCCGCUCCUCCGAGCUCCACCACGUGGCGCAGCGGCUCGAGCGGCUCGAGACCGCCCUCGUCAACUCCGCCGCCCACAUCCCCCACCUCGCCUCCGACGCCGUCCACUACAACCCCUCCGAUCUCGCCUCCUGGGUCGACUCCAUGCUCUCCGAGCUCCCGAGCUCAUCCUUCUCCUCCCCCUGCCUGCCCUCCGGCUUCCCCGACCCGUACUCUCCGGCGGCGGCGGCACUCGGCGGCGGGUGGGUGGACCACCCCUCCUGCUCGCCGCACCCACAGCCGCACCAGAACGUCGUCGUCCCCCAGCAGCCGCAGCCGCAGCAGCAGCAGCAAUUGACGGUGGUGACGGCGCUGGAGGAGGAUUCCGGCAUUCAGCUCGUCCACGCGCUGAUGACGUGCGCGGAGUCGGUCCAGCGUGGCGACGCCUCGCUGGCCGGCUCCCUGGUCGAGGAGAUGCGGGCCCUGCUGACGCGCGUCGACACCUCGCGGGGCAUCGGGAAGGUCGCCGGCUACUUCAUCGACGCCCUCGGCCGGCGGCUGCUCGGCCUCGGCUCGGCUCCCGCCUCGGCCUUCGAGAACGAGGUGCUGUACCACCACUUCUACGAGGCCUGCCCCUAUCUCAAGUUCGCCCACUUCACCGCCAACCAGGCCAUCCUCGAGGCCUUCGACGGCCACGACUGCGUCCACGUCAUCGACUUCAACCUCAUGCACGGCCUGCAGUGGCCGGCCCUGAUCCAGGCCCUCGCCCUCCGCCCCCGCGGGCCCCCGCUCCUCCGCCUCACCGGCAUUGGCCCGCCCUCCCCCGACGGCCGCGACGUGCUCCGCGAGAUCGGCCUCCGGCUCGCGGAGCUGGCCCGCUCGGUCAACGUCCGGUUCGCGUUCCGCGGCGUCGCGGCCUCGCGGCUCGAGGACGUGAAGCCGUGGAUGCUCCAGGUGAGCCCCAAGGAGGCCGUGGCCGUCAACUCCAUCAUGCAGCUCCACAGGCUCCUGGGAUCCGACCCGCCCCGGGACCCCCCCAUCGGGUCGGUCCUGCCCUGGAUCCGGAGCCUGAACCCGAAGAUAAUGACCGUGGCGGAGCAGGAGGCGAACCACAACCGGCCCGGGUUCCUGGACCGGUUCACCGAGGCGCUGUACUACUACUCGACCCUGUUCGACUCGCUCGAGGCGGCCUGCCCGGUCCAGCCCGACAAGGCCCUGGCCGAGAUGUACCUUCAAAGGGAGAUAUGCAACAUCGUGGGCUGCGAGGGGGCGGCCCGGGUCGAGAGGCACGAGCCGCUGGACCGGUGGCGGGCCCGCCUCGGGCGAGCCGGGUUCCGGCCGCUGCACCUCGGCUCCAACGCGUUCAAGCAAGCCAGCAUGCUGCUCACCCUGUUCUCGACCGAGGGCUACAGCGUGGAGGAGAACGAGGGUUGCUUGACGCUCUGCUGGCACAGCCGGCCCCUCAUCGCGGCUUCGGCGUGGCAAGCCGCGCCUACUGUAGUGAACUCGCCGGCCGGCGUUAUUAAUCACGAUGACAAUAAUAAUCAGCUGUCGUGCUCACCUGUGCCGAUGUUGUCGAUUGAAACAGACAUUCCAAGCUCGAUUCAAUAAUUUCCAGCCGGCUCAAGAUUUCGGUCAAAUAUUUUCCAUUCACACGACGAAAUUUAUAGAGAAAUGAUUGCGUGAUAUCUAAU